GCGUGUCACAUGACCGGCAGACAUGGCGGCGCCCAUGGCGCUGGGGCGGGCGCUGCGGCGGGUCCGCGCGUGGCGGGCGCUGCCGGGGCCGGGGCUGCCCGGCGCGGGGAGGCGGCGGAGCAGCGAGGGGGCGGCGGGGCGGAGCCGGCUGUACGAGCACGUGCGGGAAGGGAACAGCGCGCGGCCCCGCCUGGACAUGGCGGCGCUGAGCGCCCGGGCCGAGCAGGCGGAGCGGGAGCUGGAGACCCGCAAGGGGCCGCUGGGGCCCCGGGACCUGCGCGAGAUCCUCUCCACGUGGAAGAGACUGGUGAAUGUGCAAGAAGAGAUUGGAAAACUUGAAACUGAGAAAGAGGAAGUCUCCGUUCAAGUGAAAUACCUCGUGGAGACCCAGGACAAGAGCACAUUGCAGUCGCUUCCCGAUUACCAAGCGCUACGGAACCGAGGUCGGGAAAUACGUAACCAGCUGAAUUCCCUGUACCAGCAGGAGAUGGAACUGGAUGAAAAGUACUAUCUGAAGGCUCUGAAACUGCCGAACUGGACCCACCCUGAUGUGCCCGUCGGAGAUGAGAGCCAAGCGAGGGUGGUGGAGGUCGUGGGAGAGAAACCAGCUUUUGAUUUCAAAGUGAAGGGGCACCUGGAAAUUGGGGAAGACCUGGCUAUCAUCAGACAAAGGCGCCUCUCUCACGUCUCAGGCCACCGCUCCUAUUAUCUCCGUGGGGCUGGAGCCAUGCUCCAGCAUGCCCUGGUGCAGUUCACCGUCAGCAAGUUGGUGAAACAGGGCUUCAUUCCGAUGGCCGUUCCGGACCUGCUGCGAGGAGCCGUGUUUGAAGGCUGUGGCAUGCAGCCCAACGCCGUCCCGUCCCCGGUGUACAACAUCGACCCGACCCGCUUCGAGGACCUGUGCCUGGCUGGCACCUCCGAGGUCGGCAUCGCAGGCUACUUCAUGGAUCAUGCUGUGAAUUUGGCGGACAUGCCUGUCAGAACCGUGUGUUCCAGCACAUGCUACAGAACCGAGACAGACACCGGCAAGGAGCCCUGGGGGUUGUACAGAGUCCAUCAGUUCACCAAGGUGGAGAUGUUCGGGGUGACGGCGGCGGAGAGCGGGGAGGAGAGCGCCGCCCUGCUGGAGGAGUUCCUCGCCCUGCAGAAGGAGAUCUUCUCCGAGCUGGGGCUGCACUACAAGGUCCUGGAUAUGCCCACCCAGGAGCUCGGGCUGCCCGCCUACCGGAAAUACGACAUCGAAGCCUGGAUGCCCGGCAGGGGCAAGUAUGGCGAGAUCUCCAGCACCUCCAACUGCACUGACUACCAGAGCCGGCGUCUGAACAUCAUGUACUGCGACCGGACGGGGCAGCUCUGCUACGCACAUACGGUCAACGGAACAGCCUGCGCUGUCCCGCGGGUGCUGAUCGCUCUGCUGGAGUCCAACCAGCUCAAGGACGGCAGCGUCCGAGUCCCCGCGAUCCUGCAGCCAUUCCUGGGUGCGGAAAUCAUCGUCAAACCCGGCUACGCCCCCUUGAAAUACAUCGGGCCCAACCAGCCCAAACGCUGCUGAGCCGCCCACCGGGAGCGGCCGUAACGGGGACCAGCUGUUGGGGAUCCCCCCCGCCCCCCCCCGGCCAGCCCAGCCGGACGCAGACGAGACACGCGCACACCCCAGCAGCAUUCAGAGGGGCCUUUCCUGGCUUGUUUUCCGGCUCUGAGCCACACCCAGGUUAUUCUCGGUGGCUUGUGACCCGUCCCUUCUCCUGCCCCCUCGAGUUGGUCUGUGGCACCUGGAUGGGGCCGAUGUGGAUGGGGUCUGAGGUGCUUCAGAAACCCCAAGAUCCUUCCGGCACUGGACUGAGCUGCCUGGAGUCAGACCCCAGCACUGGCAGGAGGCAGGAAGCUGUGUUCUCCCCAGGACUCCUGGGUUCCUCCAUCAGUAACCCCUGGCGAGGAGGAGGAGAGAUCUGGCUUAGAGCCCUGCGGGCUGCCGGUUCUCAUCCGACUCGGGCCGGCGCUGACUGCAGCGUAUUCCCGUCGGCCAGCCCUUUGGAGACCCUGACGUGAAAUGAGUUUUGCCAGGUCUCGGCCCAGUUCCCUGGUGGAGCCGCUUCGCACAGAGCAGGAUCGGCACCAAUUCUCACCGGCAGCCUCAGUGGAGAGGCAGAACGGGCCAUGGAGACUGUACUUCCCCCUUGGCCGUAGCCAGGGUCCCCCUGGGGCUCUGGCAACCAAGCAGGGGGGCAGUGUGUGGGGUGGGGAGGUUCGCCCUUGCAGCUGCCCAUGCUAUGGGGAAGGAAAGGGAGAUCCAGGCUCCCUGAUCAGUCGCUGGACUGACUGCAGGUGGGCAGGAUCCCAGCCAAGGGGCUGAGAGGGGGAGAGAGAUACCUGAGUGGGGCAGCUGCCAGGGUGGGGCAUGGGGUUCCUGGAGCUGCCAAUCAAGGGAACGAGAUUGUGCCACCCAUUAAAUCUGCAAUUGGAAAA